CAGGCCUUCUCACAAGACGCACACCACCACACCUCACCAAAAGCGAAGUUAAAUCUGCCACCUUUCCCUCUCUCUCUCUCUUUCUCUCUCUCUCUCCCUCUCGCUGUCUGCUCAUGCUCUUCCUCUGAGGAGCCCUCUCUCCGUCUCUCCCUCUCUCUCCCUCUCUCUAUCUGUCUCUGUUUCUCACUCCCUAGCUGUCAUGGCGGUCGAAGCUCCGCGCGUCAAUCCUUUUCCUACCCAGAUGAUCACGAACAGGGAUUUCGUUGUCCAGGCGAAGAACGCCAGCGCGACCGAUUUCUUCGCCAGCCCAGGGGAGGAAUUCAUCCCUCCGGCGCCCACGGGACCGCCGGUCCCGAUGAUGCCGACGUGGCGCUGCCAGCAGCAGCCUCGCGUCGUCCCCGAGAUGAUCGCCGUGAAGAAAACCGAGAGCGGAUUGAGCAGCAACUACAACGCCAACGCCAACGCCAACGCCGUCGCCGCCGCCGCCGCCGCAGCCGCCGCCGCCGUCCCGGUCCCCAGGAACCACCACAAGCGGUCCAGAGACGCGUUCGGCGACGGCCACUUGAACGGCGAUCUCCUCCCGGUGAAUUAUAAUCCUCAGAAGAUGACCAAGGUAUCGCCGUUCCUGGGACAAGAGGCCGCGUUCGAGAUCCAACGGUACCAAUGGGAGGUCGACCGUUUGAUUUCCCAACAUACGGAGAGGCUGAGGCUGGAGCUGGAAGACAGAGCGAAGCAGCAAUCCAGGGCGCUGCUGUCCUCGAUCCACGACUCGAUCGUUGGAAAGCUCAGGGAGAAAGACGAGGAGAUCCAGAGGCUGGGGCGGCUGAACGGGAUGCUCCAGGAGAAAGUGAAGAACCUGGUGAUGGAGAACCAGAUCUGGCGGGGCCUCGCCCAGACCAACGAGGCCGCCGCCAACUCCCUCCGCUCCAACCUCGAGCACGCCCUCGCCCGCGCCGGCUGCGGCCUCGGCGACGACGACGCCGAGUCCUGCUGCGGGAGCAACGACCCCGGGAGGGCGGCGGUCGCGCUCGUCGGCGGGGCGGAGUCGUCGCGGCGGCGGGGGUGCAGGGCGUGCGGUGAGAGGGAGUCGUCGGUGCUGCUGCUGCCGUGCAGGCACCUGUGCCUGUGCGCGGCGUGCGGGCCGAGCCACCACGACUGCCCGGCGUGCGGCUCGGCCGUCACGGCGAGCGUGCACGUGAACCUGUCGGCGUCGUCGUGAUAGCAACGGUCGGAACCGCCGCGGGGCAGGAGGUGUGAAAAGGAGGAAAAUUCAGGGGCGGAAAUGGAAAAAUGGAUAGAAUAAUGGGGGAGGAAAGGAAUAGUCUUUUUUUUUUUAAAUUUUUUUUUUUUUUUUGUAUUUUUGCGGAUGAUAGUGAGAUUCUUUUAUAUCUUCUUUUGUUGGAGAAAUUGGGGAAAAACCAUCGAGAGGGAUGGCUUUUCCAUUUUUUGUGUAUAUACAUCCCAAAACUCUCUCUCUCUCUCUCUCUUUAUUUUUUAAUAAUCAUAGAUGUUCGUAUUUUUGAA